CGCAGUGCACUCUCGGUCUCGCAAAGGCACCUCGCGCGCAACCAUGCGUACCGCCAGUUUGUGGGGGACCCGGGGCCGGUCGGUAACAUGGCCGGUGCUCUGCAGCCGGUGGCUGGACGUCACAGAGUUACCGCGUGGUUAGCGUGUGCGGUAACGCUGAUGAUGGUGACAGCCGCUUUCGCUUUCACCACUGGUAACACGGAGCGCAAAUGCACCAACGACCAGUACCAGCAAUGCCUGCAAUCCCUGGAGAAUGUCGCCAAAGGAGAAGACCUUACUCUCGUAACCAGUAAGCGAGAGUUAGACAAUGUCUGUAGGAGGCUGAAGCAGGUCGUUUACUGCGUGGACGAACACACGGCUAAGUGCUUCGAAGAGACCCUCCAACGGGUUUUUAACCAAGUGGUGGCCGGGGCCAAGGAAAUCAUCGCCGAAGUUUGCAUCCCUGGACCAACGCAGGAUGACUUUCUCCGGCACGCUCGCUGUAACCGGAACGUGACGAUGGACGCUACGAAAUGUGCCCCGGCAUAUCGAAGAACGCUCAUGCUGGCCAAGACGGUCAGUCAAGAUAAGGACGUUGAUCAGGGAUUAAAACGUUCCUGCUGUGCCUUCAGCGAAUUCGUCCAAUGCAAGAACUUCCACGUGACCAGGGACUGUGGGGCCCGUGCUAGCGCCUUCUUUGCCCGACACAUGCAGCGCAUAUCGGGGCCCCUGAUGGACGACCACUGUGGCCAGUACGCUUUCGGAACAGAGUCCUGCAAUCCUUCCAGCAGCCGCUCAUCCGUCACACGUGACCCGCUGGGCGUCGUGUGGUUGGCUCUCAUGCUCGUAUUCACCAGUGUACCACGGUAGCUACGCGUACAUGCGUUGCCUCAUUACAGGAAACACGAACUGCUCGUCCACGUGGCUGAGUCCAGGACUGGACGUCCUGCAGCGUCCGUGAGUCGACGAGUCAUCGCUCCAGCUCAUUGCGUAUAGUAGUUGUAAAGAGUUCUACUCGCAGCGGGAACUCUUUUGUCCUGCUUUUGUGAUGGGAGUAAGUAUUUUGGAACGCAACAGGUACACGGAGCGGGUACUCGUAAGAUUCAACGGGUACUCUUAUCCAGCUGGGUGACGUAGCACUUGCUGCUUCGUAGGAAGGUAAAAUAUGCGUCACUCUCGUCUACUGAAGUGUUGAAGGAUUUUGCUGUUGCCGAGGAAGCCGCAUUUUUGAGCUGAACGUUCCAGUGAAACUUGUGCGGUGCGGCAGUUCGACUCUUUCGCGUCCUUCUCGUUCCUGGUCCUUGCGGAGAUAUAGUGGCUGUGUGGCGACGCCAGUUGUGCAAGUACAAGUUUGUAGGGACGGAAUCCUUACAGGAGAGUUAUACAAAAAGGACAGCGAAGGGGAUGCCUCAUAUCUGUACAUAGAUUACGUUCAUAUAUGCUGGUCAAUGAUUUGGACAGAGGAAGGAUUUUGAAAGACAACUAUGGACAUGCUGGUUCCAUAAACCUAUAGUUCCACCUGAAAACGGUGACCCUCCCCCUUCAGCUUCUUUUUCCAUGCUUCAGUUGAUAACGGCAGUAAGGUUCAAACGCUGAAACAACAGUGAAGCAACAUCUGAAACAACAGUGAAGGAGAAAAAGGAAGAGGCGAGGGCCACCGUUUUUCGACCGCCUCUUGUUCCAUUACCUUGGCGAAAAAACUGAGCACGGCUGAUAAUUUGCGCCUCCCAAAACGGAGGUCUUCGCAAUUUUGUCCCAGCUGUUACCAUUGUAAUAAGAUAUGUAUUCUCUGAUGGAAUGGGGUAAAAAUUGGGAAAAUCAACGUGACACUUAGGUUGGCAAAUUUCGGAGUUCCAAAGAAGAAAAUCCAAUUUCUCACGACCGAAAAUUGAUCGUAUGUGCUCGUAUGUUCGAAGUGCUCUAUGUCAUAGCAAAAGUUCGCCAAAGAUGAACACCGUCGGUCCCAUAAUUCUCAGACAAGCAGAUCUUUUAAUAUACUUUUGUGGGAUGAUAACCUUACCUUUUUUUCUAAUCUAUACUAAUGUAAUCUAAUCUAACGUUAGGUGAAACAUCCUGUAUAUCCAGCAUAAUUUGGGGCGAGGUGUUGCAACCCCUUUAGAGUUGAUGGCCCAGCAGGAGCUUGGGAUUCAAGAAGAAAUGAAGGUGAGAAAUUGGACAGCAAAGAAGAAAAAAAAAAGAUAAAAAUGAAAGGUAAACCCAAAUUACUGUCGCACAAGUGUGUGAAUCUAUAUAAUGCGACGCUGAGAUCCCUAAUCUUUGGAAUAUAUGGUAUUGUACAUAGAUUUAUGCAUCUGUUGUUCUUGCACCCGAUCUUGCAUUGUUCUUUUUGUGAAACAUUUCUCCUAGAUCUUGGUAACUCUCUUAGGAUCAGAGCAUCAUUCCAAUCUUGUACAUACAUACAACAACAUACUACGAAACCCUUACUCUAUAUUCUUAUAUGUAUAUAUAUAUGUACAGAAGAAGCCCUCGAACAGCGUCCUUCAGCUGUAUUGGGAUGAGCGUACACCUACCUUUCACAUUACACACGUGAACGUGCUUAAAGCAGAAGUAGUUAAGAGUUUGUUUCAAGUUUCUGUUUUCAAGCUGUUCCGGAGAAAGUAGUAUUUCAGCCGUGCUAGCACAUCGCAGAGAGCACGAAUCAAAUUUCCUUCAAAACGACGAGCAGGUGCUAGACUUCAUAAGUACAA